CCGAAGAACGCUUCAGUUUCCCGGAGAGCUCUUAGGGUAACGUGGCCUUACCGGAGAGAGAAGCGCCGAGGUGGUUGUGAUCAGGCGCUCCGGACUAACUGUACAGCACACUUUCUGUUUCUGACACACACUCACACUCAUACACACGCACACGCUCUCCCAUCAUGGCUGAUAUUGAGCAGGGAUCCUCCGCCGCGCUGCCCACUGAAGGCACCCCGCUGCAGGACGCGAACGACACGGACGCGCUGAACGGAACCGCCGCUAAGUUCGUGGCCACGGCCGAGGGCACCGCGCUGGCGUACGGCAGCCUGGUGCUCAUGGCCCUGCUGCCCAUUUUCUUCGGCGCGCUGCGCUCCGUCAGCAGCUCCAAAAGCAAGAAUUCCUCAGACAUGCCAGAGACCAUCACCAGCAGAGAUGCUGCUCGUUUCCCCAUCAUUGCCAGCUGCACUCUCUUUGGCCUCUAUCUCUUCUUCAAGAUUUUCUCUCAGGAGUAUAUCAACCUGCUGUUAUCGAUGUACUUUUUCGUGCUGGGGAUUUUAGCUCUGUCACAUACGAUGAGUCCCUUUAUGAAUAGAGUUUUCCCUGCCAAUCUGCCCAACAAGCAGUACCAGCUCCUCUUCACACAGGGAUCAGGAGAGAGCAAAGAAGAAAUAGUCAACUAUGAGUUUGACACCAAGGACCUGAUAUGCCUGGGGAUUAGCAGCGUUGUGGGCGUCUGGUACGUCCUUAAAAAGCACUGGGUGGCCAAUAACCUGUUUGGUCUGGCCUUUGCUCUAAAUGGAGUGGAGCUCCUGCACCUGAAUAACGUCAGCACUGGCUGCAUCCUGCUGGGGGGUCUGUUUGUGUAUGAUGUGUUCUGGGUCUUUGGCACCAAUGUCAUGGUGACAGUUGCCAAGUCAUUUGAAGCCCCAAUUAAGUUGGUUUUCCCACAGGACCUGCUGGAGAGGGGGCUGGAUGCCAGUAACUUUGCCAUGUUGGGUCUGGGGGAUGUUGUCAUUCCAGGCAUCUUCAUUGCUCUGCUGCUCCGCUUCGAUGUCAGUCUGAAGAACAACUCACGGACGUACUUCUACACCAGCUUCUUUGCCUACAUCUUUGGCCUGGGAUUCACCAUCUUUAUCAUGCACACGUUCAAACAUGCUCAGCCUGCUUUGCUGUACCUGGUCCCAGCCUGCAUAGGAUUCCCAGUGGUGGUGGCCCUGGUGAAAGGAGAGCUGACAGAGAUGUUUAGGUAUGAGGAAUCUUCACCUGAAGUGGAGGCAUCACCAAAAGAAGAAAAGACAGAAUCUGAUAAAGACAAAUAAACUAUAAAGAAAAACGACCCCAAGUCACGCCCCCUUCGUUUUUAAACACCACUGCAUUUCCAGAGCCGUGCACCUCUCAGGCUCUGCCAGGAGGGGGCGCUCUUCAUUAUUGCCCGAUGUGUCGUGCUGUGCAUGGAGCAGGCUGAUGUAUUACGUAACUGGUUUAAUGACGAUGGGUUGUUAUUUUUUUGUAGUUUCUAAGUGGUUUGUAAAGCAAGAUGUGCAACA